GUCCUAACGUCAAGGCCAGAAUUUUAGGCUUUCAUUUCAGGUCAUGAGCGACUGAGUAUCUGUAUGCUGCACUAACGCAUAAUGACGUAUUCAGGGUAACGCAGAACCAUGACGUAUUCCUGGAGGGAGGAGCACGGCAGACGUAUCAUGCUGCAUAGCUAACUUAGGACCUUCGCAGUCUAACACUACCUGACCGCACCCAGACACUCGUGAAUCGCUCAGACAUGGCCGUAAGACUCGCUCCGCGCUAUGCGGGCAAAGACGAGCCUAGCGACGACCUCGACGAAUGCCCCAUCUGCUUUCUGAAUUAUCCAAGCCUGAACACGUCACGAUGCUGCAAGAAAAGGCUGUGUACAGACUGCUUUCUGAGGAUGGGGUCCUCCACCUCGUACUGUACCAAGCGCCAUGUGCCCUGUCCGUUCUGCAACGCGUCAGUGCUUGCAGUGGAGCACCGAGGAAAGCGCACGGCUGAGGAGAGACAUGCUGAGAUGGUGGAGGAGCAGAGGGCAGUGGAAGCGAUGAUCCGAAUGCAGGUGGAGGCCCAGGGGGCAGCACGCCCAGCUGACCAAACGCCAGCAGCAGCACCAGCAGCAGCAGCAGCACCACCACCACCCCGAGCAGCAGCAGCAGCAACAGCAGCACAGGCUGCUUCUGUCAUCGACUUGUCAGAGGAAGAGGAGGACGAUGAGGAGGAGGAAGAGGAACACGAGGAGGACGAUGACGGCGAGGAGGAGCACGGGGAGGACGACGACGAGGAGGAGAUGGAGGUGGAUGUGGAGGAGAUCAUGCUCGAUAGAGUCUUGUGGCUCUCCCUCCAACAUCAGCAGCAUGGGCAGAAGACGUCAAGCGCAGCUGCAGCAGGGGGUGAAGGGUCAGCACACGUGACCACACACGUUUCAGCACAAGUUUCAGCGCACAGGCAAGAGCGGCAGCAGCAGCAUCAGCAUCAGCAGCAGCAGCAGCAGCAGCAGCAUCAGCAGCAGCAGCAUCAGCAGCAGCAGCAGCAGCAGCAGCAGCAGCAGUAUCAGCAGCAGCAGCAGCAGUAUCGGCAGCAGCAGCAGCAGUAUCGGCAGCAGCAGCAUCUGCAUCUGCAUCUGCAUCAACAUCCGCAUCAGCAUCAGCAUCAGCAGCAGCAGCAGUAUCGGCAGCAGCAGCAUCGGCAUCUGCAUCUGCAUCAACAUCCGCAUCAGCAUCAGCAUCAGCAUCAGCAGCACAGGCAGAGGACCUCAAGCUCAGCCACAGCAGCAGCACACGUGUCAGCACAAGGGACAGCACAAGUGACAGCACGAGUGUCAACACACGUGUCAGCUGGCGUGUCAACGAACGUGUCGGCUGGUGUGUCAACGCACAGGCAUAGGGAGCCCUUGGUAGGAGAAUCACCCCUGGGGAGGAGGGUUGCCAUUGCUGUUCGUGACCUUGAUGGCAGGAGGCAGUGCGGCCCUCCUUAUGCACAAUCAGUCACAGGUGCUGCCUCUGCUUCUGGUGCUGCCUCUGCGCCUGCCUCCGCCUCUGCGUCGACAUCGUCUCAAUCUCUGGCUCCUCUCGGAUUCCCUCUGGCAGUGCCUGACGAUUUCGAGGAGCAGAUGAGUCUGGCCAUCGCCAUUUCGCUCAUGGAGGCGGAGCAGAGGGGGGCGGAAGUUGGGACGAAUGGUGGCUCGUUUUGAGCAACCAACCAAACUAACAAUGUUGCAUAUGCACCUGCAUGUGCAGCAGAGUCUUCAUCUGCAAGUGCAUCUGCACUUGCACCAGAAUCUGCAUCUGCAAGAGCAUCCCUGGCUCCUUUGGGAAUCCUUCUGGCAGUGCCUGGUGACGUUUUCAAGGAGCAGACCAGUCCGGCCGGCGGUCGCCAUUUCCCUCGUAGAAGCAGAGGAGUGGAGAGCGGUAAUCAGACCCGGCGAUGUUGGGGGCUCUCAGGCGGUUCGCUCUGGCCACUAGUGGUGCAUUUAACUUGUAGCUGUGCCUUUGGCAGUACCUGACCCGAUGACUUGGAGGAGCGGAUGAGCCUUGAGCCGUUUUUUAGAAUUCUAAAAAAUGACUCCACUCAGGCUGUUCGCUAUGGCUUCUAGGGGUGCAGUUAGCUGCUACCUGUGCCUCUGGCAGGGUCCGACCUGAUGACUUGGAGGAGCGGAUGAGUCUUGCGGUUGAGAUUUCCCUCAUGGGGAGGCGGAACAGGGGGAGCGGCAGCUGGGUCUAGUGGUGCCUCGUUUUGAGCAACCAAGCAUGGCAGAGAGGAGCGGAGGGGGGCAGAGGGGAGCGGAGGGGGGCAGGAACCAGCCCUGAUUACCAUUAGUUGCUGGAGGGUGCAAGAAAGCCCACAGCAGCUUGGUGUUGGAGGUGAGGGGCCAUUCUUUUCUUCUAGAGGCAUAGGUAGAGACGCACUGGUGCUGGUAGCGUUUGCUUUUGAGUCGACUCAAAAGGGGAGGGGGAGCAAGGAACCAUUUGUUUCUUCUAGAGGGGUAGGUAGUUAGAGAUGCACUGGUGUUGGCAGCAAGCAGGUGUGUAAAAGGGUCUUUGCCUGAGGUGCAAGCCCAUGGCUGGCAGUAGCUUGGAUCUGGAUGCUAGCAUGAGGUGUAGUGUAUUGCUCGGUCGAGCUGUCACUCACCACAGUAACUAAUGCUGUUAAGUUGGUGCUCUUUCUGUCAAACAUAUAGUGUUAAGUUUGUGUAGACUGUAUAGGUUUGUGUCUUAGAGGGUACAG